AUGUCUAUUAAUCUUACGCUUAGUGUAAAAAAGCCUGUUUCUGCAUUUUUCGAUUGUAUCCGUUACGCAAGCAAAAAGACUGGUGGAAGUACUAGGAACACUAAUUGUAAAGUAAGGCCGAAACACAGAGGAUGGAAAGUUCAAGAUGGUCAUUUUGUCCAAGCUGGUCAUAUUCUAGCGACCCAACUAAAGACCAGAUUUCACCCUGGUUUGAACGUUGGUUUGGGUCGUAAUGGAACAUUGUUUGCAAUGGAAGCAGGCAAAGUGGUUGUUACAUGUGAGAAAUUUGACCCACACUGGGAACACAAUUGGGUGCAGAGAAACUAUGCCGGGCGAGAAAACCAAAACAUAUUGAAAAAGUAUUUCAAUGUAAUACCUGAGCCUCAGCAUCAAAGGUUCAAAUUGAUUGAUGAAAUU